UCUUUUUAUUAUUUUUUAUUUAAAAAAAAAAUAUAAAAUCCCUUUCCUUAUCUCUACAGAAAAGGGAAAAGGCAUUUUUCUCAAAGGCCUCCGUCUCAGCGUCUCUUCGUUCUUUCUCCUCCUCCUCUUCUGCCUCUGAAAUACGUAAGGUUUAGCCAUGAAAGGUGGGAAAUCCAAUGCUAAUGCCAGCAAGUUCGACGCUAAGUUGAAGGUAAAUGGUGCAGGCGGCGGCCAAAAAGCGUCGAAGAAGGCGGGGAAGGACCCCAACAAGCCAAAGAGGCCUGCAAGUGCUUUCUUCGUUUUCAUGGAGGAAUUUAGGCAGGAGUAUAAGGAGAAGCAUCCUAACAAUAAAUCUGUAGCCGUUGUCGGAAAGGCUGGUGGAGAUAAGUGGAAAUCUAUGUCAGAGGCUGAGAAAGCUCCUUAUGUAGCAAAAGCAGAGAAAAGAAAGAAUGAAUACAACAAAAACAUGGCUGCUUACAAUAAAAGAAUGGCUGGUGGAGGAAAUGCAGAUGACGAAUCAGACAAGUCUAAAUCUGAAGUGAAUGAUGAGGAGGAGGAAGAAAAUGAUGAGUAAUUUGAUUGAAAGUGGGAGAAGCAAUUGAUGUAGAAUUUGCUUAUGGAAAAUGACUUGAAUUUUUAGAUUUAAAUAGUUUCUUUCCUUAUGUGGUUAGACUAGUUUAGUACUAAAAUGGAGAUUAGUUCCAGCCUUUCAGAGUCUUCCUGGAGCUCACAUGGCUAUGUACUUAAUCUCCUUAAACUUAAUUGUUUAUUUUGAGUUUUAAUAUAUAUCCUUUUCUAUCA